CCGGCUUUAAAACGUGGGAUGGUUGUGGGGGUUGUAAAAAAAGAAGGUUUUGACAGGGUUUGGCUAAAAGAAGACAAGGGGGCGGUAGUAAGCGAGUCCGACGUGUGUACGAAUCAACAUUGAACUUACUUUUUGUAUGUCGGCCACACGGCGCCGCGAGUUGAUUUGUAUGCGACGAUUCAUUUGGGGAAGACAGCAACAGCGCAUAGUACUACAGGAUGUCGCGGAUCAUUUCAACGUUUUGCACCGGGAAGCACGACUAGCACUAUAACACCGCAACGCGAUUCAUAUUUAAAAGGUAUAAUGCGAAUGGUUAGAAGAGCUCGAAUUCAAACAAAAUGGAAACAAUUUAGAAUCGCUGCGGCAUUCCAUGUAGCCAGAAGGACUACUAGGGUAGAACAUAGCUGGAUAGAGAGCUAGUUAUUAACUAAUAUACAUGCGAAGUUACAUAUCAGAAAAGCUCAAACAGAGCCUAUAGUAAGUUGGUUGAAACUAUUAGUUCGUUGGUGUCCCCAGUCACCAAAGAAGACUGAAGAAAAUACUGAAAUAUGCUACGGAGAAGACUGAACCGCUUGUUUGGUAGGGACGAGAGGAAGGUAGACAGCAGGACCAUCUACGUAGGCCACCGGCCCUGUCCCGCCACCGAAGCUUUAAUCCCCCCCAAGUUCUGUGACAACAGGAUUGUCUCUUCCAAGUACACGGUGUGGAACUUUCUGCCAAAGAAUCUGUUUGAGCAGUUCAGAAGAAUUGCCAAUUUCUACUUCCUCAUCAUCUUUUUGGUGCAGGUGAUCGUAGACACCCCCACCAGCCCAGUCACUAGUGGCCUACCUCUGUUCUUUGUCAUCACUGUCACAGCCAUCAAACAGGGCUAUGAGGACUGGCUGCGGCACAAGGCAGAUAAUGAGGUGAAUAAGUACCUGGUGACAGUGCUGGAGGACGGCCGGAGAGCAUGCAAGGAGAGCGAGAAGAUCAAGGUUGGGGAUGUGGUGGAGGUGGUUGAGGAUGAGACCUUUCCCUGUGACCUCAUCCUGCUGCAAUCCAGCCGGGAGGACGAGACCUGCUUUGUCACCACGGCCAGUCUGGACGGGGAGUCCAACCAUAAGACACACUACACAGUGCCAGACACGGAGAGGAACCUGGAGUCUCUCAGCGCCACCAUCGAGUGCGAGCAGCCGCAGCCUGACCUCUACAAAUUUGUGGGGCGUAUGCACAUCUACAGGAACAACCAGGAACCCGCUGUGAGGUCUUUGGGUCCAGAGAAUCUCCUCCUGAAAGGUGCUACCUUGAAGAACACUCAGAAGAUAUAUGGUGUGGCAGUUUACUCAGGCAUGGAGACCAAGAUGGCUCUGAACUACCAGGGGAAGUCCCAGAAGCGCUCUGCGGUGGAGAAGUCUAUCAAUGCCUUCCUGCUGGUGUACCUGUGCAUCCUGGUGAGCAAGGCCCUGGUGUGCACCACGCUCAAGUAUGUGUGGCAGAACCGACCAGGCCAGGACGAGCCCUGGUACAACCAGAAGACGCAAAAGGAGAAAGAUACCAACCUGUACCUGAAGAUGUUUACUGACUUCCUGUCGUUCAUGGUUCUGUUCAACUUCAUCAUCCCCGUGUCCAUGUACGUGACGGUGGAGAUGCAGAAGUUCCUGGGCUCCUUCUUCAUCUCCUGGGACAAGGACUUCUUUGACCCCGAGAUCCAGGAAGGGGCUCUGGUCAACACAUCCGACCUCAAUGAGGAGCUGGGACAGGUGGAGUACGUGUUCACGGACAAGACGGGCACGCUAACCCAGAACAACAUGGAGUUCAUCGAGUGCUGCAUCGACGGCUUCCAGUACAAGUACGCUGACUCAGGCACCGAGCUGGACGGCUUCUGUGUCACAGAUGGACCCGUGAACAUUCUGCAGCAGAAGGCUGGCAGGGAGAAGGAGGAGCUGUUCCUGCGGGCUCUGUGUCUGUGCCACACGGUGCAGGUGAAGGAGGCUACGGGUCAGGGGGAUGGAGUAGCAGGCGGUGUAGAGGACCAGGUGGACAGCGUCAUGGGGCUGGAUGGAGAGACGGUCGGGCCUGCGGACCUCGGCGGCUUCAUUGCCUCCUCACCCGACGAGGUGGCACUGGUCAAGGGAGCCAUGAAGUACGGUUUCAAAUUCCUUGGUAUGGAGAGCAAGAACAUGAGAGUGAUGAACAGAAACAACGAUGUUGAAACGUACGAACUGCUUCACGUGUUGAACUUUGACCCGGUGCGAAGGCGUAUGAGUGUGAUAGUCCGAACCAAAUCAGGGGACACCAUGCUGUUCUGUAAGGGGGCCGACUCCUCUAUCUUCCCCCGUGUCAGGCAGGAGGAGGUGGACAGGAUACGCAUGCACGUGGAACGCAACGCUACGGAGGGCUACCGGACGCUGUGUGUGGCCUACAAGCUGCUGAGCAGGGAGGAGUAUGACCAGGCAGACACGGGGCUGAGGGAAGCCAAGCUGGCCCUGCAGGACCGAGAGGAGAAACUCAUGGCUGUGUACAACCAGGUGGAGACCGGGAUGAGCCUGAUCGGAGCUACCGCCGUGGAGGACAGGUUGCAGGAGGAGGCAGCCGAGACCAUGGAGGCCCUGCAGGGAGCAGGCAUGAAGGUGUGGGUGCUGACGGGGGACAAGAUGGAGACGGCCAAGUCCACUUGCUACGCCUGCCGGCUGUUCCAGAGGAGCACAGAGCUGCUGGAGCUGACGGUGCGAACCCUGGUGGACCUGGGGAGGAAGAGAGAGGAGCGCCUGCACGAGCUGCUGCUGGACUACCACAAGAGGGCAGUGCAGGACGCCCCACCGAUCAAGGCUGGGGUCACCAGGAGCUGGUCUUCAGCGAACCAGGACUACGGCUUCAUCAUAGACGGAGCCACUCUGUCCUUGGUGCUUAACUCCUCUCCUGACUCCAACUCCAGCUGCUACAAGAGUCUCUUCCUCCAGAUCUGUCAGAACUGUACCACUGUGCUGUGCUGCCGCAUGGCUCCCCUACAGAAGGCCCAGAUAGUAAAGAUGGUGAAGAACUGUAAAGGCAGCCCCAUCACCCUCUCCAUCGGAGAUGGGGCCAACGAUGUCAGUAUGAUCCUGGAGGCACACGUUGGCAUCGGUAUAAAGGGUAGGGAGGGUCGCCAGGCAGUGAGGAACAGUGACUAUGCCAUCCCUAAGCUCAAGCACCUGAAGAAACUGUUACUGGGACACGGGCACCUCUACUACGUUCGUAUUGCCCACCUGGUGCAAUACUUCUUCUACAAGAACCUCUGCUUCAUCUUACCUCAGUUCUUGUACCAGUUUUUCUGUGGAUACUCCCAGCAACCUCUCUACGACGCAGCCUAUCUGACGAUGUACAACAUCUGUUUCACCUCAAUGCCUAUCCUGGCCAACAGCCUCUUGGAGCAGCACAUCUGUAUGGAGGUCCUGAUGGACAACGCCGCCCUCUACAGGGACGUAGCAAAGAAUGCCAUGUUGGGUUGGGGGCCCUUCCUGUACUGGACACUACUGGGGGUCUACCAGGGCCUCUUAUUUUUCUUCGGGGUCCGCUUUCUCUUUAGUAACCCCGCCCUGCAGGAUAAUGGCCAGGUGUUUGGGAAUUGGUCGUACGGAACGAUUGUUUUUACUGUCCUCGUUUUCACUGUGACGCUGAAGCUGGCUAUGGACACUCGCCAUUGGACGUGGAUCAAUCACUUUGUCAUCUGGGGCUCGCUGGCCUUCUACAUGUUCUUCAGCUUCUUCUGGGGUGGGAUCAUAUGGCCUUUCCUUCGGCAGCAGCGUCUCUACUUUGUGUUUGCUAAUAUGCUGAGCUCUGUGUCAGCCUGGCUGAUCAUCAUCCUGCUCAUCCUGCUCAGCCUGUUGCCUGAGAUCCUGCUGCUGGUCCUCCGAAAGCCCCGCGGGCCCCACUCACGACAGCCUUCAGAGGACUCCCUCCUAAAAACAUCCAGGGGAGGUGUGUCCAAUCAAUUUUAUUUGGGGAUCGCUGCUGUCACGCCAUUGUCCUACAAGCACCUGAUCGGGCAGGAGUGAAAGGCAGAAAGGAGGGUUAACUAUACUGCGGCCAAUGUCUUUCAGGCCCCCAUGGCGGUCAAGCUGGCUGCCAGCACUUUUGCCUGAUCUAAAAAGAAAAUGGAAAUUGACAAAAAGAAAAUAGAAAAGAUACUAGAAGAGCCAGGGAUGGACUCCUGUCACCCUCUUCCUGUUUCCAUCUGCAUGUCUGCAGAGUACUGCACCACUGGCCCACGCAGCACAGGCCGUUUUUACAAUGGCUUUACUGCACUAUUCAGACAGGAGGCAUGAGUUUCUGCAGUUUCUUUUUCUUUCUUAAAAAAUCGAAAUGAAUGCGUACACGGCUACCUUGUCAGUAGUACUACUAUGAUCUGCUGUGUUCUAACAUGCAGCCACACCUCCACGGACCCAGAAUGAUUCAUCUGCAUGAAACGAAGGAGGCUCCAUGAAUGCCACAUUCCACUUGUUAUUACUUGUGUGUUGUAGGUCAAGGUUUGUUAAAACAAAAAUGUUACUUAACUUUCUGAAACAGAUUCCACAGUUCCAGGCCCAAAUAGUUUGUACAGUACCAGUCAAAAGUUUUAGAACACCUUCUCAUUCAAGGGUUUUUCUUUUCACUAUUUUCUACGUUGUAGAAUAAUUGUGAAGACUUCAAAAUUAUGAAAUAACCCACAUGGAAUCAUGUAGUAACCAAAAAACUGUUCUAGAAAUCAAGAUGUAUUUGAUAUUCUUCAAAGUAGCCACCCUUUGCCUUGAUGACAGCUUUGCACACUCUUGGCAUUCUCUCAACCAGCUUUGUAAGGAAUGCUUUUCCAAAAAUCUUGAAUGAGUUCCUACAUAUGCUGAGCACUUGUUGGUUGCUUUUCCUUCACUCUGCGUGCGGUCCAAUUCGUCCCAAACCGUCUCAAUUGGGUUGAGGUUGAGUGAUUGUGGAGGCCAGGUCAUCUGAUGCAGCACCCCAUCACUCCCCUUGGUCAAAUAGCCCUUACACAGCCUGGAGGUUGAAAAACAAAUGAUACGUCCCAAUAUACGCAAACCAGGUGGGAUGGUGUAUCGCUGCAUAAUUCUGUGGUAGCCAUGCUGGUUAAGUCUGCCUUGAAUUCUAAAUAAAUCACAGUGUCACCAGCAAAGCACCCUCACACCUCCUCCUCCAUGCUUCACGAUGGCAACCACACAUGUGGAGAUCAUCCAUUCACCUAGGUUGGAACCAAAAACCUCAGAUUUGGACUCACCAGACCAAAGGACAGAUUUCUGCGGUCUAAUGUCCAUUGCUCGUGUUUCUUGGCCCAAGCAGGUCUCUUCUUAUUGGUGUCCUUAAGUAGUGGUUUCUUUGCAGCAGUUCGACCAUGAAGACCUGAUUCACACAAUCUCCUCUGAACAGUUGAUGUUGAUCUGUCUUACUUGAACCCUGAAGCAUUUAUUUGGGCUCUCAUUUGAGGUGCAGUUAACUCUAAUGAGCGUAUCCUCUGCAGCAGGGGUAACUCUGGGUCUUCCUUUAUUGUGGUGGUCCUCAUGACAGCCAGUUUCAUCAUAGCUCUUGAUGGUUUUUGCGACUUUACUUGAAGAAACUUUCAAAGUUCUUGACAUUUUCUGGAUUGACUGACCUUCAUGUCUUAAAGUGAUGAUGGACUGUUUCUCUUUGCUUAUUUGAGCUGUUAAUGUCAUAAUAUGGACUUGGUCUUUUACCAAAUAGGGCUGUCUUCUGUUUCCAACACCUACCAUGUCACGACACAACUGAUUGGCUCAAACACAUUAAGAGGGAAAGAAAUUCCAUAAAUGAACGUUUAACAAGGCACAGAUUGUUAAUUGAAAUGCAUUCCAGGUGACUACUGAUGAUGGCAAAGGGUGGCUACUUUGAAGAAUAUAAAAUAUAUCAAAUUCAUUUUAAUGUAACUUUUUUUGGUUACUACGUUAUUUCAUGUCUUAUUUCAUAGUUUUGAUGUCUUCACUAUUAUUCUAGAAAGUAGAAAAUAGUGAGAAAUAAAGAAAAACCCAUGAAUGAGUAGGUGUCUAAACUUUUGACUGGUUCUGUAAGUUACAUGAAAGCAUGUUCGCUCAAUACAGACGACACUGCACACCAGUUACUGAAUAUCUUCAACAAAAUGGGAGGGUUUAGAGGCACAGCCCCCUACUGGGUUAAGGGAGGGUUUAGAGGCACAGCCCCCUACUGGGUUAAGGGAGGGUUUAGAGGCACAGCCCCCUACUGGGUUAAGGGAGGGUUUAGAGGCACAGCCCCCUACUGGGUUAAGGGAGGGUUUAGAGGCACAACCCCCUACUGGGUUAAGGGAGGGUUUAGAGGCACAGCCGCCUACUGGGUUAAGGGAGGGUUUAGAGGCACAGCCCCCUACUGGGUUAAGGGAGGGUUUAGAGGCACAACCCCCUACUGGGUUAAGGGAGGGUUUAGAGGCACAGCCGCCUACUGGGUUAAGGGAGGGUUUAGAAGCACAGCCCCUAC